AUGUCAGAUGAAGAAUUGAAGGUGCCGGACGAGCUCUUUAAAGACGUCAAAUUCUAUGUGGUCGGGGAUAUUGACCCAAAGGUUGUGCAACUGUUGAAAGCUGGUAAAGGUAAAGAGGUUUCCUAUAACGCCUUAGCCACACACAUUAUCGCUGUGGAUGGAGACAAUCCUGAGGUUGGGGAGUCCCGAGAAGUCUUUGACUUACCUGUGGUAAAGCCUUCCUGGGUGACACUGUCUGUAAGAUGUGGAGAUCUACUGCCAGUUACAGGAUUUUCACCGGAAUCAGGACAAAUAUUCUUCGGCGUAACAGCCUGCCUGCCUAAGGUGGGAUCGGAAGAUCUCAACAAACUCUGGGCUCUAGUUACAUUCUAUGGAGGUGAAUGUCAACUCAACUUCAAUAAGAAAUGCACCCACCUGGUUGUACCAGAACCAAAAGGGGCAAAGUAUGAGUGUGCUCUAAGGCACAGCAGCAUUAAAAUAGUCACCCCAGAGUGGAUUUUACACUCCGUGGCUGACAAGAGUCGAAAAGAUGAGACCCUGUACCACCCACGCCUUACCUACCAGGAGGAAGAGGAGGAGGAAGAGGAAGGCAGCGAGUACGAGUAUGAACGGGGCUCCAGGUCUGACGGCAGCUACAGUGACAGGCGAUCUCCGCGCAGUCGACGGUCCAGCCUGGCUUCAUCUCGCGAUGCCUCCCCAGCUAGCCGGGGUAGGCGUUCGCCUUCCCCUGCCAAACCGGCGCGUCAGAGCGAGCGAAUGUUCGACGACUCGGACGACUCGUCCCCGGAGAAAGAGGACCGUAACCUGAACUGGACCCCGGCCGAGGUCCCUCAGCCCGGCCCGGCAAAACGACGGCUCCAGCCCGGGAAAGAUUCGGGUCUAAUUAAUUUGUGCGCCAGCGUGCCACCCGUACCGGGACUUCCAGAUGUCCGUGGCACCCCGGGGGCAAAUGCCGUACCGGGAGCGGAGAGGUCAGAGGUCAUGGGAAGUUGGAACCCUGCAGCGAGGACACUGAGGAACAUCACAAACAACGCUGACGUCCCACAGAUUAAUCGACCAUCCAACAUGGCUCAUAUCCUCCAAGGUCUCUCAGCCUCCACUAAAGCCCUGGAGCAGCAAGGAAACCAAGGCCAACCUGGUAUGGCCAACCAAGUCCUGUUAAACCAAAACAAGGCUCAAGUUCCACAGCAACUGCCCCCUGAAGCACAGCAGCAGUUGAUUCAGCAGCAGCAGCAGCACUUCCCUCCAAUGCCUCAGCAACCGCAUCCGCAGUUUCUCCAACAGCCACAUCAGCAGCAGCUCCACCAGCAGAUGUUCAAUCAGCAGCAGCAGCAGCAGCAGCAGCAGCAGCAGCAGCAGCACCCCUUCUCGCAGCAGCAGUUACGGCCGCAGCAGUUGCUCAGGCCGCCCUUGCAGCAACAGUUACAGCAGCAGCAGCAACAUGCCCUGCAACAGCAGAUGCUGCAGCAACAUAGGUUACAAAUGCAACUGCAACAACAACAACAACAACAACAACAACAGCAACAACAACAGCAGCAGCAGCAGCAGCAAAACCAACAGCAGAUGCAUCAGCAACAUUUACAACAGCAGCAACACUUUCUGCAGCAGCAGAUCCAGCAGCAACACCUGCAACAUCUGCAGCAGCAGCAGCAGCAGCAACAACAGUUACAGCAGCAGCAACAGCACCAGAACCUGCAAAACCAGCAGUCAUUGCAGCAUCAGGCCGUGCAGAGUCUUCAGCAUCAGGCGCAGGGAGCGCUGCAGCCUCCUCCACAGCCUGUGCAGCACCAUCAGCUGUUCGGGCACGAGCCAGGCCAAGAGAUCCCUGAAGAUGGUUUCCUAGUUGGCUGUGUGUUUGCAAUUGCGGACUACCCGGACCAGAUGGCCGACAAGCAGCUGCUGGCAACGUGGAAGAGGAUGAUCCAGGCGUACGGCGGGAGUGUGGACUCCGCCCUGAAUCGCUGCACUCACCUGCUGUGUGAAAGCCAAGUCAGUAGCACGUAUGUACAGGCCCUGCGUGAGGGGAAACGGUGCGUGACGGCCCACUGGCUCAGCACGGUCCUGAAGAGGAAAAAGAUGGUUCCUCCCCACAGAACCCUCCACCUCCCCUUUAACUUCCCCCCCGGAGCCAAACCCUGCUCUCAGCACAUCAUAUCGGUGACGGGCUUCGUUGACGCGGAUCGCGACGAUCUGAAACUCAUGGCUUACCUGGCGGGAGCUCGCUACACCGGUUACCUGUGUCGCAGUAACACCAUCCUCAUCUGCAAAGAGCCGAGCGGACUGAAGUAUGAGAAAGCCAAAGAGUGGAGGAUCCCGUGUGUGAACGCCCAGUGGCUCUGUGACAUCCUGCUGGGGAACUUUGAGGCCCUCCGACAGGUUCAGCACAGCAGAUAUUCCCAGUUCAACCUGCAGGAACCGCUGGCACCCAACCCGCUUCUAGUCCAGAACCUUCUGGGGGCUUGGAGGACUCCGGUGAAGAUCUCGGCAGAGGCGUUGGUGAGUUUACGUCUGCAGCAGAAACAGAAGCGGGCUGAAGCUGGUUCACAGCCACCAGCUAAAAAGCCCAAGCUUGAGGAGUUACCAACACCUACCAAAAAGCUCCCCCCUGAGUCUACACCUUAUGUGCUCUUCACCGGCUUUGAACCUCUACAGGCCCAGCAGUACAUAAAAAGACUGUAUGACCUUGGAGGGGAGGUGGCAGACAGCCCUCUGAAGUGUACUCAUCUCGUGGCCAACAAGGUGACCCGCACAGUCAAGUUCCUCACUGCCAUGUCUGUGGUAAAGCACAUUGUCACACCUGAGUGGCUGGAGGAGAGCUGGAAGAGCCAGAAAUUUGUGGAUGAACAGAACUACAUGCUGAGGGAUGCUGAGGCAGAGGUGCUGUUCUGUUUCAGUCUGGAGGAGUCGCUGAAAAAAGCUCACGCUGCUCCCCUCUUCAAGGGAAAGUACUUCUACUUAACUCCAGGAAUCUGUCCAGGGCUCAGCACCAUGAAAGCUAUACUGGAAAGUGCCGGAGGCAAACUCCUCUCUAAACAGCCUUCCUUCCGCAAGAUCAUGGAGCACAAGCAGAACAAGAACCUUCCAGAAAUCAUCGUGAUAUCCUGUGAGAACGACCUUCACCUGUGUCGGGAGUACUUUCUGAAGAAUAUCGAUGUUCACAAUGCUGAGUUCAUCUUAACUGGUGUGCUGACACAGACGUUGGACUAUGAAUCAUAUCCUUUUCAUCGAAUCAAGACCAAUCCCACCCUGGUGGGUUCGUUAAAACUCAGCCGUCAGGCGCAGGUGGGGAAGCUCUCAUGA